ACACAAAUCCCAGCAUGCGCGAGGAGCCUUGCACCUUAUGCACAAGCGAUGCAUACAAAAAAGUAACAAAAAACCAGCAAAGGAGCUUGCCGUCACCCAUUUAAACCUCCGACGGAGAGCUGUAUCCCCUCCCCUCCCCUCUGCUAAGUGCCUGUCUGGGAUCUGUCCUCACUGAAGGACACGUUCAUUGACUCGCUUUAUAAGGACGCCUUAAUGAUGCGAGACCGCAGCCUGCAGUAGUGUGAUCAGCGGGCAGAAACAGAUUGCCUCACAGAUCAGAGAGAGAAAGAGAUGCCAUCAAGGAUGUCUGACUGAGACCGGUGCGGCUGCCUGCUGGAAAGCUGUCAUUUUGGUUAUUUUUAACCCACUGUUUUCUUUUUUUCAUUGUGUUCCUCAGAGACUCAAGCACCUCUCGGAUGGUGGACUGAUCAGCUGAAUGUCAGCUGCUUGUGGAGCAUGGGUACAACUGCCAGUGCCGCACCACAACCUGUAACCGUAGCGUCGCCACUUGUCCAUGGCAACGGGAUGGCCAACAGCAGGCAGUCUCUUAGCAUGAGCCCCUUCCAGACAGUCAACAUCCACAACAACAAGGCCAAGUCCAUUAUCACCAACAAAGUCGCACCUGUCGUCAUCACGUAUAAUUGCAGACAGGAAUUUCAAAUUCACGAUGACAUACUCAAGACCAACUACAAAGUUGGUCGGAUAUCGGACACCAUGCCCGAGCACUACCUGGUGCAGGGGGAGUACUUCAUGGUCCAGGAUGUGUACAGCAAGGCAGAUGUCCUCAAUACCACGGGCAGCUAUGGAGCACCCAACUUCCGCCAAGUCAAGGGGUCUUACCCUCUGUAUGGGAUGGGUCAGCCGAGCCUGAAUGGCUUCAAACAGGUUCUUCAAAGGCUCCAGGCGCAAGGACACGAGGAGGUUAUAUUCUUCUGUGUACGAGAGGAGCCGGUGGUUUUUCUGCACAAGGACGACGACUUUGUGCCGUACACCCCCAGGAGGAAGGAAAACCUACAUGAGAACCUUCAUGGCCUGGAAGAGGAGGAGCUGGUGGAGGGCCUGGAGCUCACCAUCAGGAAGGAGCUCCACGACUUUGCCAAGCUCAACGAAAACAUCUUCUACGUCUACAAUGACAUAGAGUACUUCAAAGACGAGCCGCAGAAGAUCUCCAUCACGUGUGAGGAGGACAUCCAUGUGACUGAAGAGGUCUAUAAGAGGCCUAUGUUCACCAUGCCGGCCUACAGGUACUACAGAUUACCACUACCAAUGGAGGGAGCGCCAUUGGAAGAAGACUUUGACGCAUUUGUUAACAUACUCAGGGAGAGCACCAGCUUGUCUCUGGGCCACGAUGUGUCCCGGCUGCCUGCUCUGCUCUUCAGCUGCCAGGUGGGCGUUGGCCGCACCAACCUAGCCAUGAUCCUGGGCACACUGGUCAUGAAUCGCCUGAGGGGUGAUUCACAGCCGCAGCCUCAAGUUGAGGAAGCAGCUGCUUCAGAGCCCAAACCACUGUUCCAGGUCAUCCAGUCUCUGAUCAACAAGCUGCCUAAUGGACAGCAGGUCAUGGAGGAGGUUGACCAGGCUAUCGCCCUGUGUUCAGAAAUGCACAACAUAAAAGAAGCAAUAUAUGAGAACAGGAGUAAGCUGGAAGGGAUUGGUGAAGAUUAUCAAAUUCAGGGAAGCAGUACCAAAGACUACUUUCUCAACAGAACCAUGCAGAGCUUGGAGCGCUACUUCUACUUGAUUGUAUUUAACGCGUACCUUCACGAACAGUAUCCUCUUGCCUUUGUGUCCAACUUCAGCCAGUGGAUGUGCUGCCACACGUGGCUGUACAGGUUACUGGCCUGCAUGGACCUAUCAGAGCUGUCAGCCCCGGCUGAGCUGGUCACCAAAGGAGCUCGGGUCUUGGUUGCUGAGGAGUGCUUUGCUCCGGAUGUGCUCGGCACACUGAAAGAGAUGAAGGCGGUCAACUUUAGACGAGUGCCCAAGAUGCCUGUAUAUGGAGUGGCUCAGCCGACAUCAGAGGCUACUGGGGCAGUUUUGGCCCAUCUGACGGAUGAAAAGAGGAAACAUAGCCACGUGUUGUGGGUCAACUUGCAGGAGGAGCUGGUGCUGGAAGGGAAUAGUCAAAUUUUUACACCAAGAGAGCCGUCGUGCCCGGACCAGCACAUUUCUAUCCCAUCGUCUGACCCAGAGUUAAUAGAGAAACUGGAGACCUCUCUGAAGGAGGAGAUUCUGAGGGCUCAGAAGUGGCUUGAGGUGACACUUGAGCAGGAGAAACAGAUGAAGAUGUUCAAAAGCUGCCUGACAGUCCAGGAGAUCUUCAACCAGCACAAAAGCACCCACCAGGGCCUCGUCUACAAACGCAUCCCUCUGCCGGACUGCAGCGCGCCCAGGGAGGAGGAGUUUGAUAAGCUGUUGGAGGCCAUGAAGAGUGCCUUGGCUGAGGACUCUCACUCAGCCUUCGUUUUCAACUGCUCUAACGGCAAAGGCAGGACCACAACUGGCAUGGUUGUUGCCAUUCUGACUCUCUGGCACUUUAAUGGUUUUCCAGAGUUUGCUGAUGAUGAAAUUGUGAGUGUUCCUGAUGCUAAGUACACAAAAGGAGAAUUUGAGGUUGUGAUGCAGCUGGUGCGUCUGCUCCCCGACGGCCACAGAAUGAAGAGGGAGGUGGACAUGGCCCUGGACUCUGUCAGCGAGACCAUGACCCCCAUGCACUACCAUCUGAGAGAGGUCAUCAUCUCCACGUACAGACAGAUCAAAAGUGGUAAAACGGAGAAGGAUUGUCAGCAGCUGCUGCUGAAGAGCCUGCAGUACCUGGAGCGCUACAUUUACCUCAUCCUCUUCAACACAUACCUGCAUCUAGAGAAGAAAAACUCCUGGCAGCGCUCCUUCACUCUCUGGAUGGAACAGGUGGCUGCCAGAGCCGGAGUUUAUGACAUCCUCAACCAGCUGGGCUUCUCCGAGUUUGAAAACCUGAGGGACACGCCGUUGGCCAGGCUGCGCUGCCGCUGGAAACAGCAAAACAUUCAGUCACUUCCUUUCCGAGGGGAGUUCAUCUGAGAGAGAAUCACUGUGAACGCAGCAAGACAGUACUGUGCUUUUCAGAAUAAAAGACAUUUACAUUAACAUUGUUAUGCCUUCUAUAUUUACCCCUGUAUUAUUAUGCAUAUCUUCUCUUCAUUUAUUGUUUGUGUUACUGCUCUUUUUUUGUUUUUCAAACUCACUGGCGAUGUUAACAUUUUGAUGUUGUUUCUAUGAGUCUUAGCAGAAUGUUGCUCCUAUAUUAGAAGUUGAUAUUUGUGCCUUUGCCUUUUUUCUUUUAAAUCAAUGGUAGAAUUUCAGUGUACUAAUAUUUGUUACUUUUUUCAAAUCAAGGCUAAAAAAAAAUGUCCUUAUGUGUUCUCACUUUUGAAGAUGAGACAACCUUCUGUUAGAACAAGACGAGAGUUAAGUGUUGUUAUGGAGGAGAGGAGCAAAUUCCACUGUGUCAGCCAACAAUUUUGGUUAUAUGUCACAACUGUUUGCUCUUUCGUGACCUGAUAUUUUUCUUGAGCCCUGUCCUUUUCUGCCCAGCACAGCUGUCAUCAGUGACUGUGCACUUUGACAUGAGGUUUUUCAGUUUUUGAUAGGGUUCCCUUUGUACAUAUGAAAGCUGUUGUUAUUUAAAUGUUAAUGUGUCCUUAAGGUUUUUUAAAGCUGAUCAGAGUCAAUGUUUUUGAUAUGAUUUUAAAUAUGGUGUUGGCCAUAGUUUCUUUAUCGACAGCAUAACACCAGUAAUCUGUUGUACCUGUUUUGUUUUUUUACAUUCAUUUACAUGUGCGAUACAGGUACUAGCAGUACAGCAUGUCAGGAUUUUUUUUAUGCUUAUUUGAUUUUACUUCAAAACUGUAAAUGUGUCUUUUGUAUUUGUAAACAUUGGAGCAAUGUUGCUUAAAAAUUGCUAAAUGUAUACUCUGAGACUCCUUUAAAGUCCCAUGAAAUUGUAACUUCACUUCCUCAAUGUCAUGUGAAGAACCAGAGAUAUUACUUUUUUAUAUUCUACGCGUUUUUCUUCCUCACAAAAAACCUGCCGGAGAAGAUGAGGAGAAGGCUAUGGAGGUCUGGUGCGCUCACUUCUUUUAAACUCCGCACCCACCAGAUUUUUCAACUUCAAGUCUUCAACUCCAAGCUGACUCAACUGACAUAUCUUGAGGACAUUUAUCAGACUUCAUACAGCCACAAAAAGGCUUUAUACAUUCUCAGGUCUUUGAGUACUCCCAAAGACCUGUAAACAGACUUUGAUGUGUAAAAUUGGUUCCCCUUUAAUCAGCUCAGCUCUCACAGACUUCACGACCCCUGCCAGUAAACGAUUACAAUGUCUUCGACAUCGCCAGUCCAUCAGCAGGGAUCAAAUUAUACAUCUGUAAAAAUGUAUUUUUGGAAACAGCCAGGCCCUCAAAUACUUGCUGUAACUGGGGUUAAAAACUCUUGGUAUCAAUUGGUGAAGGAAAAAUAUACCAUUUAAUAACUGCAUCUUAGUGGCAUCAACGGAAGGCUUUUUAUGCCAGUUAUUAAGAGUGCCUACAUUUAUGGAAUAACUCUUACUGUACAGUAUUUCUUUAACAGUCUUAACACUUUUGUUUGUCUAUUUUGUUCUUUAAUUUGCCAAUGUGUUUAGCUGUAAAGUAAUUUGUAGCUCAAAGUGUGCUUUUAAAAACCACGAUUCCUGCCUUUAAACAACAAAGAUAAGCCAGGAAAAAAAAAAUCCUUCCUCCAGAUGCCUCUUGUAAGUAUUUUUUUCUUACUGUCAAUUUGUGAAAGCAUUUGCACUGUAUGUAAUUGAUUCAGACUAAUUGAGGUAAAAUAUUGUGAUGAUUGAUAAUUAAAAGAGCAACCAUUAUGAACCAAUCUUUGUGUAAUUUGAUAACAUAAGAACAUACAUGUGCAGGUUGUAAUAACACCCUAACGUCUUAGCUAUGCACCUAAUUUAAUGUUCAUUUUAAGAGGCACCCAUUAUAGAAGCAAUGCAUUACCCUUUAUUCACUGUAUGUGCCACUUACUUUCUUUUUGUUUGGGGGGGUAAAAUAAAUAAUUCAGAUAGAUUUAA